AUGUCCUCUGACAACAAUUCCAAUUCCAAUUCCAAUGAUGCCCUUGAUACGACGCCGUUAUUGGGAGACCAGAUCAUCCGAACGCGUCCCCGCUUCAUGCGCCGCCCGCCAAGCCUCCGAGGCGCGGCUCGCUUCCUCCGCCAAGCCAGCAGCCGCAGCCGCGUGAUGCGGGAGCCGUCUGUUCGAGUGCGCGAGGCUGCGGCAGAGCAAAUCGAGGAGCGACAGAGCGACUGGGCAUAUUCGAAGCCGAUAGUGAUACUGGACCUCAUUUGGAACCUGGCUUUUGUGAUUGUUGCAAUUACUGUGAUGAUCAUGAGCCGGAACGAGUCGCCGUCGAUGCCUUUGAGGUUGUGGAUUUUGGGGUAUGCUCUUCAGUGCGUUCUUCACAUGGUGUGUGUAUGGAUGGAGUAUAAGAAGAGGUCACAGCGAAAUUUGGAGGGGAGCUCAAGGAAUGGGGUUAGGUACAGUAGGAAUUACUCGAAUUCAAGUUCCGGAAGUGACGAGGUGGAGUCUGCUGAUUAUGCUUCCGAGGGCCACCAAAAUGAUGAUGAAACUAGCGUUGCUAAACAUCUGGAGUCAGCAAAUACAAUGUUCUCAUUUAUUUGGUGGAUAAUCGGGUUCUACUGGGUAACUGCUGGUGGCCAAAGUUUGAUUCAGGAUUCACCACAACUUUACUGGCUUUGUAUUACAUUCCUGGCUUUCGAUGUGUUAUUUGUUGUUAUCUGCAUUGCUGUGGCAUGUGUCAUUGGAAUUGCUGUGUGCUGCUGCCUACCUUGUAUUAUUGCAAUCUUAUAUGCAGUAGCAGAUCAGGAAGGAGCGACUAAGGAAGACAUUGAAAGACUGCCUAAAUACAAAUUCCGGAGAAUUGGUGAUUUUGACAAACAAAGUGGUGAGAUUCAAGAAUCAUUUGGAGGAAUAAUGACCGAAUGCGACACUGAUUCACCUGCCGAACACAUUCUUCCUCUAGAGGAUGCGGAAUGCUGCAUAUGCCUUUGUGCUUAUGAUGAUGGAACUGAACUGCGUGAACUCCCUUGUCGUCACCAUUUUCACUCUGCCUGUAUAGACAAAUGGCUGUACAUGAAUGCCACGUGUCCUUUAUGCAAGUUCAAUAUUCUUAAAAAUGGCAAUCAAAGUGGUAGUGAAGAAGUGUAA